UUCACUGCGGAGAGGGCGUGGCCUCCGCUGUGAGGGGACGCUCCAAGAUGGCGGCGCUGGCGCUGUGGGCGCUGCUCUCGGCCCUGGCCGGGCUCUCUCCGGGCCCGGGGCCCGCGGAGGCCGCGCAGCUCCCGCUGCUGGUCUGGAGCACGGAGCGGUCGCUGUGGCCACCCCCGUCCAUCCCCGGGGGCCGGGCGCUGUCGGAGCCGGAGCUGCAGGAGCUGCUGGAGCCGGGGCUGCGCCGGGGCCCCCGCACGGUGCUGCUGUUCCUGCAGGACCAGCUGUCGGUCGAUGACGUCACCGCCUUCGGGGCCGUGUUCGGCAACGAACCCAACGGAGCCUUCCCGCGGCUGAGGGUGAGGGGCGGGGCCAGAGAAAGGGGCGGGGCCAAGGGAGGGGGCGGGAACCCAACAGAGCCUUCCCGCGGCUGA